AUGGCCCUUCCUCCACCUAGCUUUCUGGAGAGGGGUAAUAGGCGGGCUGAGUGCUGGCACGAAAAGGAAGGACUGAGCCCGGUCAACGGCACCCGCCAGCAGGUGUCCAGGGUUGUAGGUCCGCCGGCCGGUCAGGGCCCGCCUCCUCCGGGCACCGCCCCGCGGCAGCGGCGGGCCGAAGGAGCAGAGGCGGAAGUGGGGGCCUCCGAAGAGCGCUGUGAGGCGUGGGGCCUCCGGGUGCGGGGCGGGUCUGAAUGGGCCUCUUCCAAUGGGCUGAGGCCAGAGGGGCGUGGCCGGGGCGCGAAGGCCGGCGGCGGGCGGUGGCCGCAGUUCCCGCCCGAGGUCCGCGUCGCAGGUCCUGGCCCCGGGCCCCGGCGCAGCGACUUCCUGCACAAGACCAGCAGCAACUCCUUCACUGUUCAUCCUCGAGGUCUGAACCGCAGCGCGGGCACUCGCCCGCUCCCCAACGGGCCCGCAUCCUUGGAGUCCCGGGCCGGCGCUGCCAACGUUCUCGCGGGAUCCGCGCCUGGGACGGGCGAGUGGAAGCCAAAGGUGGAGUCCGAGGAGGCCCCCGCCCACCCGUCCCCCAGUCCCGGGACCCCCAGUGCCACUCCAGCCGCGCCCCCGGCCUUGCUCACGCCCAGCCCUGCCAGUGCCACUCCCAGCCAGCGCCAGUGGGUCUCCUCGGCCACCAGCGCCAACGACUCCUUCGAGAUACGGCCGGCCUCCAAGCCAGACGCGGACACGAUCCCCACUGGGGACAUCCAGGCCCGGGCCCUGGCCAGCCUUCGCAUGAAUUCCCGAAACUCCUUCGUGUUCAUCCCCAAGUGCAAGGCUUCCGGAGCCCACCCUGGGGAAGGGAGGCAGUCUGUGGGGUCUCCAGAAGGAGAGCUUGGCUGGGCCUCCCAGCAGGAGUGUGAGGCCCAGCAGGUGCCUGGAGAGGAUGGUGUAUUUGUCUGUGAGAGGAGCCCCUUGGAGGCUGAGGAAGGGGGAUGCCCCAGGCCAGCCAGUGCCCUUGUGGACCCGGCUGUUAGGUGGCAGAGGCCAUCCUCACCACCCCUGUCCCCACUGGCCGCCACUGAAGCUGAGCCUACCCAGGGCUUCAGGAUUCCCGGCUUGGCCAAGAAUGGUGGGGAGCCUGGGAGGCCAGGGCUGCCGGUCACCUUCAUUGACGAGGUAGACUCGGAGGACGAGUUCCCCCAAGAAGCCAAACUGCCCUGCUCCGGGGCUGGUGGGCCUCCCCAGUACCACCCACAACCCACCAGGCCUGAGCAGUCCACUUUGCUCCAGCACCGAGGGAGCAACACGUUCACGGUGGUGCCCAAGAGGAAGCCAGCGGCCCGGCAGGCCAGUGGGGAGGCCAGGCCUAGGGAGGCUGAGGAGGAGGGGCCAGGCAGACUUUCGGAGCCACCUGCUGCCCUGGGGACAGCACUGAAGAAGCGUUACCCCACCGUGCACGAGAUCGAGGUGAUUGGCGGCUACCUGGCCCUGCAGAAGUCCUGCCUCACCAAGGCUGGCUCCUCAAGAAAGAAGGCCUCUGCCCUGCUUGGCCUCCUGUGGCGGCAGCUGGAGGUUCGGGUAGGGCCCGCUUUAGGGCAGGGCAAGAUGGCCAGGUCAAGGGGAGCUGUGGCUGUGCUAGCGGCUUGCGCGGUUGGUGUCCUUGUGGGAGCUGUGCUGAGACUGGGUGGUCCAGGAGCGCAGUGGGCCCUGGAGGUGCCCACGGCAGUGUGGGGCUGUGUGCACACGUGUGGCUGUGGGGAGAGUGUGGCGGCAUGGCAGGAGCGUGUGCCCUUGUUUCUGGAUGCUGGCUCUACGGAGCCGGGCAUCCCGCUCCUGGCCGAUUCUUUGCCUGAGGGCCUGGCUCCUGCCUCUGGCUCCUUCCAGGGGAAGAGGAGGAACUUGAGCUGGCUGCCGGUGUCCUGUGCCCUGGAGUUUAAUAUUUCGAGCUCCACCGGGGCUGCUCCCAUCUGCUACAGCCCAGAGAGCUCCCUGCAGGAGGAGGAGGGAGAGGCUGAGAAGGAGAGCGAGGAGGAGGAGCAGGAGGAGGAGGAGGACGAGGAGGAGGGGUCCGGCUCAGAUGGGGCUGAGGAGCAGCCCUUCGUGCUCUUCCUGCCUCGAGCCUCGUUUGUGAACAGCGCAGGGCCUGAGAGCCCUCGGCCGCCAAACGGCAGCUCAGGCCUGUCCAGCUACACUCCAAAACACUCCAUGGCCUUCAGCAAGUGGCAGGAGCAGACGCUGGAGCAGGCUCCGAGUGAGAUGGAGCCACCGUCCAAAGAGGUCAUGCUCACCCCUGCCAGCCAGAACGACCUCUCGGACUUCCGAAGCGAGCCAGCCCUCUAUUUCUGACCCCGGCCCUACCAGGAUGGGCAAGGCUGAGCCCCAGGGGUGGGGCCCUGGGAGUUGGGCAGUGCCUGAGAGCACCACACUCAUUCUGCACCCGCCCUCCCCCACCACCCUGACCUGCCAGGCCCUGCCUUCCCAGCUCCCACUCUCUCU